AUGUUUUCACUAUCCCGAACCAGAAUGUCUGGUCCAAAAUAUGUUCAUUUUUGGUCUCCUGUUAUGAAAAGUUCAUUAGUAGCAGCCGGAAUUGGUGACUUAUUAAGACCAGCAGAUAAAUUAUCAUUAAAUCAAUCAAUUUCAUUAUGUGCCACCGGUUUAAUUUGGACGCGCUAUUGCAUGGUUAUCAUACCGAAAAAUUAUUUUCUCGGAGGAAUUAAUUUUCUCAUGGGUAUGGUCGGAGCACAACAACUAGCAAGAAUUGCUCACCAUCGAUAUACACAUCCAGAAGCUCCGAAAAAAAAUUAG